AUGUACAGCGGAACCGACGGCCGGAGUGAAGCAGCGAUGGACUCAUCGGACAUAUCGUCGGAUCUGUCAUCACAGCAGCUAUUAGUGAAUCAAUUGCGGGAUCGACUCAAGCAAAACGAGUCGCUCCUGAAGGGCCGGGAGUCCGAGUUCACGGAAUUGCAGCAAAAGUUUAAUAAAUUAAAGUUUAUCCAUAAAUCAAAGACAUCGGUGACGUCCACACCGCCGAUGACCAUCAGCUCUGAGUUGACGCCCACCACUGCCACGAGUAGUCCGCAAUCCAGCGAUGAUAGGGCGCCGUCCGAUACGACGACUCCCAGUCCUCUGACCACUGGGAUGACCACAUCGAUGACCGCAUCGACCAGUGAUUCCGCAAAUAGAGGCAAGUUUUUGUUGCUUAAGAAGCAGUUGGAAGAGAGUCGGGCACUGAAUCAGCUGAAGGACAGCGAGAAUCAGAUGAUGAAACAUGAGCUCCAGGAGCUCAGAGAUCGGCAAAUCAAGUACGAAGAGGAACGGGACGAUCAGGACGUGGAA